AGUGUGCUAUUAAACUUCAAACAUUGAGCAUCUAAAAGUAUGAGUUCUCAAGAGAAUCAAUUGACUGAAUUUCUCAAUUCCGAUUCAUUAAAUGAUGACUUUUUUAGUGAUAUUGUAGCAAAUAAAUUGAAUAUUCCAAGGAAUGACUUUAAAGUGAAACUAGUGUUUAUCACACCAGCAACUGGAAAGAAUGACAAUUAUGCUUCGCUUGUAUUGAGAUCUAAAAUAAGAAUUCAAUAUCUUCAGAUUGAUAAAACUGAGUUGAUUGAUGUGAUUAUUAAAGCGUCACAGACAAACUAUGAUGAGAUCAGUGAAUUCACUGUUUUCGAACGUGAGAAAUUUAUGUACGAGAAUCCAAUUAAGACAUUUGAAGCAUUAUGGCUUGAAAAAGCUGGAGAAGAAAUUUAUUUCGGACCAAAAACAUACAAAUUCACAAAAUCACCUUACGAAAUCAUUGUGAUGGAUGACCUUAUGGCAGAAAAAUAUGAAAUGCUAGACAGGAAGGAAGGACUGUCGCUAGAACAAUCAAAAAUAUUUUUAAAGAAAUUAGCAAAGUUUCAUGCUGCAGGUGCUGUCUGUUUUCAAAAGGUAAGAAUUAACUAUCCAAUUCGAAUUAAUUCAAACUUCUUUAUUCAAAAGGAUGGAACGCUUGAUGAUUGUCUAGAUCGUAACUGUCUGUCCGCACCUAAACCAGACAUCAAUAAUCCGUUUACUGCUGUGUUUAUUCGGAUUUUCGAAGAAUAUAUGAAAGUAUUGAGAACCUAUGGUGAUUGUGACUUUUAUGCUGAUAAAAUUUCCAAAUGGGAUAAAUUCUUCGUAGCUACAUGCUAUUAUUAUGAAUCUAAACCAAUGAAAUGUGGAUUACAGGUGUUGAAUCAUGGCGAUGUUUGGACGAAUAACAUAAUGUUUAGGUUUGAUCCACUUGAAGUUUUACUGAUUGACUACCAGUUAUGCUUCUGGGGAUCACCUACAUAUGAUAUUUGGUUGUUCCUCAUUUUAUCUGUUCAGGAUGAAAUCAAGGCAGAAAAGUUUGAUGAACUUAUUGAGUUUUAUUAUCAUGAACUCUGUGAGUCGUUGAAAAAACUUGAUUAUGAUCAUCACAUACCUAGUCUUGAUGAGUUCAAUGAGGAUAUUAUGGACAAGGCUCAUAUUGGCACAUCAUUUGUUCCAAUGCUAUUCUUUGCAAAGUAUUCAUCAACUGUAGAUUGGGAUAUGGAAAUUUUGAUACGCGAGACUGACGAAACUGUGUUAUCAAAAAUCUAUGGAGCAAUUUUUAAUGAUCCAGUGUUUAUCAAAGCAACAAAAAGUUGGCUCCCGUUUUUGGAGCAACGAGGAUUUUUGGAUUCGUUGAUUCUAAAAUAAAAUAAUUUUUUGUGAUGAUAACUUUGCGACAUCAAAAUAAAUUUAAUGAUGAACUUGAUAUUUAAUCAAUUUUAGAAAUGGAUGUGUUUGUGUAAAUGCCCUUUUAUGCAUAAUAAAAGAUAAGUAUCCAAAGCUCUAACAGCUCAAAAUUUACUCACUU